AUGAUUCCAUUCUCAUCUGCUGUUUCCAGUCAGAUUCGAUUUCUUCUUCAGAGCUUGGACGACUCCAACACAGAUUCAGUUUUUCUAGAGCUCUGUCAGUAUGCUGCAUAUGGAAUGGAGGGAAGCAUAUUGGUGCUCCAAACUUGUUUGGAUCACCUGAAUAUUUAUGGGAACUUGAAGAAUAUGCAGCUGCAUCCAGUAUAUGCUUCAAUUUUUAAGCACAUGUUGGAUAAACCUAAUUUUAGUACUGUUUUCUGUGGAUCACUGAGGACUGCAGCAGUAAAUGAAGAAUUUCUGCAGAAUCUAUCUGAUGCAUUACACUUGUCAGUAUACGAGAAAAUGGGAGUUGGUCUUGCUUUAUCAGAUGCUGAAAACCUUGAUAUCAGAAUGUGUGGAAAGAACUUCUGCAUGGGUCAGAUUGCAGAGUUGUGUGCCAAUCCAGUGGCCUGGGAUUCCACUGAUUUAAUUCAGCACAUUCUAGUGUUUCUUAAUCGAUCUGAAGGCCUUUCCAAGCAUGUAGAUUCAUUUGUACAAAUGGUAUCUCUAUUGCAAUUGAAUGAGGAGACCCAAUUCAUUUUAGCUCCAUUUCUUUCCAGUGAACUGCGGGAAGCCAACUUCUUCAGGCACUUGGAUUUGGUCAAUGAAGGCAGUGAAGAUGAUUUUGAUGCUAUUUUAGCAGAAAUGGAAAAGGAAAUCAGCAUGGCUGAUAUGAUGAAGGAAUUAGGUUAUGGCUGUGCUGUGGAUGUAUCACAGUGCAAAGAAAUAUUGUCUCUUUUCUUGCCACUCACUGAAAUCAAAAUUGCAAGAAUGCUUGGUACAAUUGCCCAGACCUAUGAGGGCCUUGAUGACAGUCAAACUGCGUUCACGACGUUCCGCUCUGCUCUUGGUAGCAAUAAUGUUUCUGAUCUGCCAUUGCUGAACUCUUGGAACAUAGAUAUCCUGGUUGAUUCGAUCAAGCAACUUGAACCUGGGACCAACUGGAUAAAUGUCAUGGAGAGCCUGGACCACGAGGGCUUUUAUAUUCCUAAUGAAGCAUCAUUUUCCUUUUUUAUGUCCUUCUAUAGACAUGCAUGUCAGGAUCCCUUCCCUCUCCAUGCUGUUUGUGGCUCUGUUUGGAAGAAUGCUGAGGGUCAACUAUCUUUUCUGAAAUACGCUGUUGCAGUGCCUCCUGAAGUAUUUACAUUUGCUCAUUCUGAAAGGCAACUGCCCAUUGCUGAUGAUGCGAUCAGUCAUAAGUUACAGUCUGGACAUACAAAUCAUGCCUGGUUAUGUCGUGACCUGCUGGAGGUGUUGUGUCAGCUAGCUGAAAGGGGUCAUGCGAGUUCUGUGCGAGCUAUACUGAAAGAUCCACUUGAUAAUUUUCCAGAAGUCUUGCUUCUUGGGAUGGCCCACGUGAAUACUGCAUAUAAUCUCCUCCAGCAUGAAGUGACUUCUGGUGUUUUCCACUUGGUACUCAGUCAUGCUUUGGGAAACAGUGUAAUACUUCACCUGUGGCAUAUCAACCCUCACACGUUGUUGCGAGGAUUUACUGAUGCUGUGAACUCUGAUCCCGACAAUUUAACUAAAGUAUUGGAUGCCUGCCAGGAAUUGAAGAUGCUAACUCCAGUAUUGGAUAUGAUUCCUUCUUAUUUUGGUGUUCGACUGGCCGCCCUUGCUUCUAGAAAAGAACUCAUAGAUCUCGAGAAGUGGUUGGGUACUCAAAUAAGUACAUAUAGAGACGCUUUUUAUGAGGAGUGCCUCAAGUUCCUAAAGGAGGUUGUGGUUGGAUCUCAGGAAGUUUCUAUUAACCGUUUUCAUUCCCCUGGUUCUCUUAUGAAUGUUUAUUUGGAAGCUUGUUCCACCCUCUUAAAGGUCCUUCAGUCUCAUUCUGGCAUUAUAUCCUCUAGUCACUUGUCCAAGGAAUUGGAAAAAUUGCAUGCAAGUUAUCUGCAUGCUACUGCAAAACUUAAGAAUGGAGGGGUUGCUGACUCAGUAACUUCUGAUGUUUAUGCUGACGAUAUUGAGACAGAAGCAAACUCAUACUUCCAUCAAUUGUUUUCGGGUGAGUUGACAACUGAUGCGAUGAUUCAAAUGCUUGCUCGCUUCAAAGAAUCUUCAGAAAAGAGGCAACAAUCGAUUUUUGAGUGCAUGAUCGCUAAUCUAUUUGAGGAGUACAAAUUCUUCUCCAAGUACCCUGAAAGGCAGCUCAAAAUUGCUGCAUUUCUUUUUGGGUCGCUCAUUAAGCAUCAACUUGUAACUCAUCUAACACUUGGUAUUGCUUUGCGAGCUGUUCUGGAUGGAUUGAGAAAACCUGCAGAUUCAAAAAUGUUUGUCUUUGGCACUACUGCUCUGGAACAAUUUGUGGACCGCCUAGUAGAGUGGCCACAAUAUUGCAACCAUAUCUUACAAAUAUCUCAUCUGCGUGGUACUCACGUAGAACUUGUUGCAUUCAUUGAACGGACACUUGCCAGGAUUUCAUCAGCACAUGGAGAACAAGAUGUUGGGUCCAAUGCCACUGCUGAUCAGCAUCAUGGAAUCCAAACUCAUGGGACAAAUGUGGAGAUGCUGGACUCAUCUUUUCCACUAACUGGACCUGGUGGUAGCUCACAGAUGGGAUUGCAAAUCUCUUCUCCGGUCCUACUAUCACAAAGACAGCUAAACUCUUUAGAUGAGAGAAAGGUCUCUAUAAUGAAGCCACUUUCAACCACUGCAGGGCAAUCUGCUACUGUUCCUUCAAGUGAUAUGUCUAUCAUUCCAAAGUCACAGAGUCUGGUGAGUGCUUCAUCAGCACAGCCUUCUGGUUCUGUUCGUUCAUCCAGAGUUAUCUCAGCAAGAUUUGGCUCUGCUCUAAAUAUUGAAACCCUUGUUGCCGCCGCAGAGAGAAGAGAAACACCCAUAGAGGCUCCUGCAUCAGAAAUUCAGGAUAAGAUAUCAUUUUUUAUUAAUAACUUAUCUGCCACAAAUUUUGAAGCUAAAGGAAAAGAAUUAACUGAAAUCUUGAAAGAGCAAUACUAUCCCUGGUUUGCCCAGUAUAUGGUGAUGAAAAGAGCAAGCAUUGAGCCAAAUUUUCACGACUUGUACUUGAAGUUCCUUGAUAAAGUAAAUAUGAAGCCUUUGAACAAAGAGAUUGUUCAAGCCACAUACGAGAACUGCAAGGUUCUCUUAGGAUCAGAGCUUAUAAAAUCAAGUUCAGAAGAACGUUCAUUGCUGAAAAAUUUAGGAAGCUGGCUUGGGAAGAUUACAAUUGGCAAAAAUCAAGUUCUAAGGGCACGGGAGAUAGAUCCCAAAUCCCUAAUUAUAGAGGCUUAUGAAAAAGGAUUAAUGAUUGCUGUUAUUCCUUUUACCUCCAAGGUUCUGGAUUCAUGUUCAAACAGUCUUGCGUAUCAACCUCCUAACCCUUGGACCAUGGGUAUUCUUGGAUUACUCACUGAGAUUUAUGCAAUGCCUAAUUUAAAAAUGAACCUCAAGUUUGACAUUGAGGUCUUAUUUAAGAACCUCGGCGUAGAUUUAAAGGAUGUAACCGCAACUUCACUUCUCAAGGACAGAGUUCGUGAGGUUGAAGGGAAUCCUGAUUUUUCCAACAAAGAUAUUGGAGCUUCCCAGCCACAGAUGGUAAAUGAAGUCAAAUCUGGAACAAUAUCUACUCAAAAUCAAGUUGAGCUACCCCUUGAUGUUGCCAGCCCUCCUCAUCCUACUGGCCAUUCACGUGUAUUAUCUCAGUAUACUGCCCCUCUCCAUCUAUCAUCUGGCACACUGCCGGACGAUGAGAAGCUGGCUUUAGGUUUAUCUGAUCAGCUUCCCCCUGCUCAAAAUCUUCUACAAGGUCAAACACAGUUAUCAGUUAAUCAGCUUCCUGUUCCAUCAUCUAAUAUUGAGCAGCAAGUCAUUGUCAAUCCGAAGCUUCAUGCUUUAGGCUUACACUUGCAUUUCCAGAGUGUACUUCCAAUUGCAAUGGAUAGAGCUAUCAAAGAAAUAGUGUCGAGUAUUGUGCAGCGUAGUGUUUCUAUAGCAACUCAGACAACAAAGGAACUUGUUUUGAAGGACUAUGCCAUGGAGCCAGAUGAGACUCUUAUACGUAAUGCAGCACACUUAAUGGUUGCAAGGUUGGCAGGGAGUCUAGCUCAUGUGACAUGCAAGGAACCUCUGCGUGGCUCAAUAUCAAGCCAGCUUAGGAGUACGCUUCAGGGUUCGAGUAUAUCAAGUGAACUCCUUGAAGCUGUUCAAAUUGUGACCAAUGACAAUCUUGACCUUGGCUGUGCCUUGAUUGAACAAGCUGCAACAGAGAAGGCAAUUCAAACGAUUGAUGGAGAGAUUGCCCAGCAGCUUUCUAUAAGGAGGAAGCAUAGAGAGGGUGUUGGUCCUACAUUGUUUGAUGCUAACCUGUAUACGCAAGGACACAUGGGUGUGCUACCAGAGCUUCUUCGUCCUAAGCCAGGCCGCCUAUCACAUUCACAGCAGAGAGUAUAUGAGGAUUUUGUUCGGUUGCCAUGGCAGAAUCGGUCAACCCAUGGCACAAAUGCCGUGCCUGUUGGUCCCUCUAUUUCAUCUGGCAGUAGUGGCAUGUCCAGGCAAUUUGCUUCGGCAUCUGGCCAAAUAAACCCGGGCGUGUAUUCAUCUGGCCUUAUUAGCACUGGAAUUAGUGCUAUACCCCAGACUUUGGAGAUUGGCUCUGAGGAGAUGGAUAAUAGUUCGACUCAACUUCCUAGUUUUUCCUCAACUCAUAUUGCAACUGCUGAUGGCCUUAGCCCUCAAAGUCUUGAAAAUGAUACUGUUGCUUCAUAUCCUCCAGUCUCAACUCCUGAACUACACAUUAACCCCCCCAUCUCUGCUAAAGAAUCUGAAAGUGGACCAGAGACUCCAAAUCUUACUUUGGCUUCUGAGCGCGCUGGAAGUAAUGUCUUAGAGCCAUUGUUGACCACAGGCGAUGCAUUGGAUAAGUAUCUGACUAUUUCAGAGAAGCUUGAAAAUCUCUUGACUGGUGAUGCUAAGGAAGCAGAAAUCCAGGGGGUUAUAGCUGAAUUCCCGGCAGUAAUCCUCAGAUGCAUAAGCCGAGAUGAGGCUGCCUUGGCUGUGGCUCAAAAGGCUUUCAAAGGCUUGUAUGAAAAUGCUUCUAACUAUGCUCAUGUCAAUGCUCACCUUGCAAUCCUGGCUGGCAUUCGUGAUGUUAGCAAGCUUGUUGUUAAGGAGCUAACUAGUUGGGUGAUUUAUUCUGAUGAGGAGCGGAAGUUCAAUAAGGAUAUUACUAUUGGUCUUAUUCACAGUGAAUUAAUAAACCUUGCUGAGUAUAAUGUCCACAUGGCAAAGCUUCUUGAUUCAGGAAGGAAUAAGGCUGCCAUGGAAUUCGUGAUUUCUCUUUUAGAAAAAUUGGUUGUCAAUGAUUCUAAAGUCAUAUCAGAACUGCACAAUCUUGUUGAUGCUCUGGCUAAGAUUGCCUCAAGACCUGGAUCUCCUGAAUCAUUACAACAGCUGGUUGAGAUUGCUAAGAAUCCCUCUGGUAAUUCUGCUUCUUUAUCUGGUGUCAUUGUUGGAACAGAGGAAAAUAUCAGAUCAUCUAGAGACAAAAAGGCUAUUGGGUUUUCUGGAGUGAACAGGGAAGACUACACUUCAACGGAAUUGGUGGAUCCAGAUCCUGCUGGUUUUCAGGAGCAGGUUUCUGUACUGUUUGCGGAAUGGUACCAAAUAUGUGAACUUCCGGGAACAAAUGAUGCAGCUUGUGUUCGUUACAUCUUACAUUUACUCCAGAGAGGCCUACUCAAAGGAGAUGAUAUGUCGGAUCGCUUUUUCCGCCGGCUCAUGGAACUGUCAGUGUCACAUUGCUUAUCUUCGGAGGUGAUAAAUUCAGGCCCUUCUCAGUUGCAUCAGGGACAACCUCUUUCCUUCCUUGCUAUUGACAUCUUUGCCAAAUUAGUCUUCUCAAUCCUGAAGUUUUCUCCUGAUCAAGGAUCUAGCAAACUCUCUCUUCUGCCUAAGGUUCUUGCGGUGGCUGUGAAAUUCAUUCAGAAAGAUGCUGAGGAGAAGAGGACAUCCUUUAAUCCAAGACCCUAUUUUAGGUUGUUUAUUAACUGGCUGCUGGAUCUGUGUUCCUUGGACCCUGUUUUUGAUGGAACAAAUUUUCAGGUUUUGACUGUUAUAGCAAAUACCUUCCAUGCUCUUCAACCUCUCAAAGUUCCAGGAUUCAGCUUUGCAUGGCUAGAGUUGGUUAGUCACAGAAGUUUUAUGCCAAAAUUACUCACAGCAAAUGCGCAGAAGGGGUGGCCUUAUUUUCAGCGUUUGUUAGUAGAUUUGUUUCAGUUCAUGGAGCCAUUUCUGAGGAAUGCUGAACUGGGUGAACCGGUACAUUUUCUUUACAAAGGCACACUCAGGGUGUUGUUGGUGCUACUCCAUGAUUUUCCAGAGUUUCUAUGUGAUUAUCAUUUCAGCUUCUGUGAUGUGAUCCCCCCAAGCUGCAUACAGAUGCGAAAUAUAAUCCUUAGCGCAUUUCCUCGUAAUAUGAGGCUACCAGAUCCUUCUACUCCCAACUUAAAGAUUGAUCUGCUGACAGAGAUAAGUCAAUCGCCACGUAUUCUUGCUGACGUUGAUGCAGCUCUUAGAGCAAAGCAGAUGAAGAAUGAUGUUGAUGAGUAUCUUAAGACUAGGCAACAAGGGUCCUCAUUUCUUGCUGAAUUGAAGCAAAAGCUGCUACUUUCUCCAACCGAUGCAGCUCGUGCUGGGACCCGUUACAAUGUUCCUCUAAUCAACUCCCUUGUACUUUAUGUUGGGAUGCAGGCUAUUCAGCAGCUGCAGGCUAGAGCACCCCCUCAUUCGCAAUCCAUGGCUAGUAUGACCAUGUUCUUGGUCAGUGCUGCUUUGGACAUUUUCCAGACUUUGAUAAUGGAUUUGGACACCGAGGGUUGUUAUUUAUUCCUAAAUGCGGUUGCUAACCAAUUACGUUAUCCAAACAACCACACACAUUACUUCUCUUUCGUCCUUCUCUACCUGUUUGCUGAAUCAAACCAGGAAAUGAUUCAGGAGCAAAUCACUAGAGUACUGUUGGAACGACUUAUCGUUAAUAGGCCUCAUCCCUGGGGUCUUCUAAUUACUUUUAUCGAGCUUAUUAAGAAUCCCAGGUAUAACUUUUGGAGCCGGUCUUUCACAAGGUGCGCACCGGAAAUUGAGAAACUCUUCGAAUCAGUAUCAAGAUCCUGCGGGGGUCCAAAACCUGUGGAUGAUGGUGUAGGAUCUGUUGGAAUACCAGAUAAUUUGCACUAG